AUGGACUCCGACCCACUUUUCCCCCCAGAUUUUCCGACUCACCUUCGCCGCUUUACUCGCCACAUCACCAGCGUUCAAACAAGGGGCAUUAACAAUUCUUCGACGGACUUGCUCUUCGCCACACAUGCCUCUGAUCAUCCAGCACCACCAUCCAGUUACGUUCCAGCGCAUGAUUCAUAUGAUCUUCAGCUUUAUCCCAUCAGAACGUUUCGACCCAACUUGCUCAUCGAUAACAUCGAAAGACUGUUCAUAUCAGUGGUCCCACUCUGGAGCUCGGGAAUUAACGAAGUGAAGCGUUUGACAACAUGGCGCAACCCCAAUCGCACUGCUGUCUGGGCAAUUAUCUAUUCUCUAUGUUGGUGGCAUGAACUAGUGCUUCCAGCAGCGUUAACUAUUGUCAUCUGCCUAUCUGUGUGGCCCAAGCAUGCGGCCAAAGUACUGUUCCCUCCGGAAGAGAUAAAUCUCCGGCUUAAAGGCAGGAAUGACGCGAGGGAUCAAGACAUCCCCGAAAUCGCGGAUCCCGACGAAGUGGCUGAGGCGGCGGCAGCAGCGGCAGCAGAAUUCAUUCACAACGCGGAUGCUCAAGGCCCUCGCACAUCACCAUCGACAGAAGACUUCAAGAAAAUGCCAGUCAACGGAUCAGUGGAUCUAUCAGACAAGCCCAACAGCUCAUCAUCAAAAUCUAAGCAACCGAAGGCUGGAAAAAAAAAUCUGUCACAACAAUAUAAGCCUAUCAUCUACAAGUACGGCGGCGGGAUUCAGAACAUCGCGGGAGACUUGUGUGAUGUACACGAGCGGCUUCGUAAUUUGUUCACGAGACAGUUUAUUCCACCUCCUCCACGAUUACGGCGCUCGUCUCCAUCUCACAAUCAAAGCUUCGACGAUCUGAAUCCCGGGAUGGAUGCCAACGUCCGAUUUGCGAUACCGUUUAUCCCUAUUUUGUUCUUUUCCUUAAUUCUUCCCACUCAAAUCCUCGGCAGAUGUGUGACUUUUGUUAUAGGAUUUAUAUUCUUUUUAUUGGAUCCAAUCCAAACCCGGUCAAAACUCGUGAGGGAUGCCCUGGACGCAAACCAAACAAUCCUCAGAGGAGUUCCAACCGACCGUGCGUUUGUCCUGGCGACCCUGCGCAACAUGCAGCAAAGACAUGAUGGGGGCUUAGAUAUCGCAAUGAAAUUACUCAAGAAGCCCGAUCCUCCGGAACUUCCACAACGCAAGCGAGCCGCAGAAGAAGACGUUGAAUCCGACGGACUAUCAACCUUUAGCUCGAAUCACGCAUCUGGAGACAGCCCCAAGUCGAUAUUAUCAACCUCCAAGUCCGCCUCAUCUCAACUGACUCGCAGCAGUUCAUCUUCCUCUGCCCCAGCCGAACGGCAUCAGGGACUCAUCAAGCUAGCCAAAAAACUCAACAGUGUGACCGAGCGAGGCACUCAGAUGUUUAACCAAGCCUCUUAUCAAAGUAGUCAGAUCAUAAAUGGAAAUCGACCAGUCAGUUUAGAUCUUUCGCUGAUUCUCCCGAGCAAAUCUCGUAAAGCUUUGGCCGGAAGUGACGCUGCCUCAAUGAAAUCAUCUUCUCGAUAUCAAUCCAAAACCGAUAAAUUACUUCGCGCCAUCAACGACUCUCGCACAACUCAUCUUAACAGUGUGCCUGGUAGUUCAAUUGAUGAAGGCGACUUUCUAUCCAGUUCCAAUUCCCCCUUUGACCCGGAAAGAAAUUCCUCGAGUUUUUUCUGCUACUAUGGCAAUAUGCCUGGCCACCUAACCAUUCAUUUCUCUCGCACUCCCGUCUCACGGCCCAACUUGUCGUUCUACUCGGGUCUAGGUCAAAGUUUCAAGGUCCGAAAAUCGCUCAUCGUCAUCCCACUAAGUCAAAUCGUCGCAAUGCGCAAAGUAAGCAUGUUGAGCUUAGCAGGCGUAUGGGGAGGUAUUGAUGGAAUCGAGUUCUACGAGAAAAGGGUUCGGGACCACAGUGAAGAGUCCGAUGAAUCAACCGAUUUUAAUUCAAGCAACGUCAAGCUGAAACACCACACAUUCAGAAACAUGACGGGGAGAGACGAGGCAUUUUUGAAGCUUCUGGUACUGAAAGAUUGGGAUGAAAACGAGGAACCUGGAUGGAUUUCUGUCUGA